AUGGCGUCGAAGAUCGUGGCGAAUCUCCUCGUCGCCGGCGUCGGUGCGUUCGCGCGCGCGGCGGCGCGGGCGUAUCGACAAGCGCUCGUGAACGCCCAGCGCACCGGGGUCGCGCGUGAGGCCGGGGAAGGGGUGACGGCGCGCGCGGUGUUCGGGCGACGGGCGAUGGAUGCGGUGGAGGCGCGGGAGAUUCUGGGCGUGGACGCGUCGGCGUCGUACGCGCGCGUGCGCGAACGCUUCGACGCGUUGUUCGAACGGAACGCGCGGAGUGGGACGUUUUAUUUGCAGAGUAAGGUGUUUCGCGCGCGGGAGCGGUUGAUGGGGGAGUACGACGCGGAGGAGGUGAAGAUUGUGGACGCGGAGGCGGAGGCGGCGAAGGCGAAGGCGGAGGCGGAGGCGGAGGCGGCGAAGGCAGAGGCGGAGGCGGGCGACGACGCGGCGCGCGAGGGCGGUAGGGGAGGCGGACGGGGGUAG